GUAGAGAGAGGAUGCCUCGUGAGCAGCCAUAGGUACCAGCUUGGAGAAAAUAUCUGGUCCUGUCACACUGGGGUCUGUUGGAUUCACAGGCAAGGCUUUGACUAGCGGCGCACCUGGAGAAGGAACACAUUUUACUUCUCAUUUAUUAUUACCACUUCAGUGAGCUAAGUGUACGCGCAGACACAAAGCUGAUCGCAGCUACAUUUGUUAACAGCAGAGAUGAAGAUGCUUCACCUGGUUUUGAUUCUACUCACGCUGUCUGGUGUUCUCUCUCAGAGCAGUGAUUGGGGUGUGAAAUAUCCCGAUAAGCCGAUCUGUGCUGUGAGAGGAUUCAGUGUCUCCAUUCCCUGUAGUUAUUCUUAUCCAAAAUCAAAUCCAAAUAUUCAGGUGACGCAAAUGCUUUGGUGCUCAAUGAACUCAAACAGAGAGAAGUGUACACAUCCACCGUAUGUUUAUGACAGCUCAUCAAGCACCAAGUCAGACUUUGAGUACGCUGGAGACGACAAAUCAAACUGCACUUUGUUAAUCCACAAUCUACAGUUCAGUUAUUCUGGAGAGUACAAAUUCAGAUUUAUAACUGUUCAGCCUAGUGACAGAUACACAGGUGAUCCUGGAGUGACUCUACAAGUUGCAGAUUUAAAGGUGUCACUAAUCAGGCUCAGUGGAAACGGAACCCUUAAACAAGGAGACUCGUUAAAUCUGACGUGUGAUGUGAACUGCCCACACAGUUCCUCACAGUUUGUGUGGUCUAAGAACAACGAGCAGUUAAACACAUCAGGACCCGUUCUUCACUUUCCUGCUCUAACCGUGAGGGAUUCUGGGAAUUACACCUGCAUUUGGAAAACCAAUGAGACAUCAGGAUCUGAAACUGUCAGCCUUCAGGUUGAGGGUGUUCUCACUCAGAGCAGUGGUUGGGGUGUGAAAUAUCCUGAGCCGGUUUGUGCUGUGAGAGGAUUCAAUGUCUCCAUUCCCUGUUAUUAUUGGUAUCCACAAAAUUAUCGGGUGGUGCAAAUGCUUUGGUGCUCAAUGAACUCAAACAGAGAUGUGUGUACAGACCCACCGUAUGUUUAUAACAGCUCAUCAAACAUCAAGUCAGACUUUGAGUACGUUGGAGACAACAAAUCAGACUGCACUUUGUUAAUCAACAAUGUACAGUUUAAUUAUUCUGGAACAUACAAAUUCAGAUUUAUAACUAAUGUGAUCGAUGGCAAAUGGACCGGUUUACCUGGAGUGAUUCUACAAGUUGCAGAUUUAAAGGUGUCACUAAUCAGGCUCAGUGGAAACGGAACCCUUAAACAAGGAGACUCAUUAAAUCUGACGUGUGAUGUGAACUGCACACACAGUUCCUCACAGUUUGUGUGGUCUAAGAACAACGAGCGCUUACCUGCAUCAGGACCUGUUCUUCACUUUCCUGCUCUAACCGUGAGGGAUUCUGGGAGUUACACCUGCACUUGGGAAACCAAUGAGACAUCAGGAUCUGAAACGAUCAGCCUUCAGGUCAAGGGUGAAAAUCCUGAUCAUGGCUCAAUCUUGAUCAUUGCUGUGGUGACAGCUGCAGUGAUUUUCAUCAUCUUAGUCCUCUUAGGAGCUGUGAUUUACAACAGGAGGCGGAAGGACGACGUUCCAGAAGACAACAGCAGAAUAGUUGGAGAGCAAUCACAGGUAAAGCAGGUUCCUCAGCCCAAUGGAGAAGUGUCGCAGGAGGAGGAAGUGACUUAUGCAUCGGUUUGUGUCAAAGACACCAAUCCGAACAAUGGGAAUGUCCACACUGAGCAGCAGAAUGAGGACAUAUCCGUUAUCUACAGUACUGUGACAAUAAAAUGAAUACGUCUUUGGUGUCAUAUAUGGAGGAAUUUACUUUACUCGGGCAGCUUAAAAAAAAAAAAAAAAAAAGCUUGUAAAUACGCAACAAUGGUUGGCGACUAGAAGCUCGAUUCAGAGUGCACACUGGCGACACCUGCUGGUGAAGAGGAUGUGUGUGUGUGUGUGUGUGUGUGUGUAUAUAUACGCACACUCCUGCUGCCCAAUGUGAUGUGAUCCUGACACACUUUUUUCUGCUUGAUCAGUUCUAAAUGCUCUACUCCUGCUUCUUUGUCUUAGAGCUUUCUACACGUACGACUCACCUUCCUGCUGCAGGAGAUAAUCUCCUCUGGAAACCACAGAUGUAAAGUUCCUAAGACGUGCUGCUGUAAUUGUAAAGACAGUCUCAUGCUCAUUUCAGGAUUCUGAUUCACAAUAUGAUCAUACAUAACAUUCCAUAUCAUUUCAACACACACAUUACUGCCUUUUCUCUGUAAUGAUUUAUAAUCCCACUAUCCAGUUUGACCCAGAAGCGGAUCUGUUGUCUCUUUAAUUCUGGUUUCUCUCAAGGUUUCUUUCUCAUGCCCUCUCGGAGUUUUUCCUUCCUUGUCACCUCUGGAUUGUCAGAUUAGGGACCUAAAUCUACAUCCAGAUUUCUGUAAAGCUGCUUUGUUGUUAAAAGCAUUAAAAAAAAAUUUGAACUGAUUUUGAUUUUUAAAAUUGAAUUAAAAUAUUUUUUAAAUUUUUUUUGUAAUGUUGCAGAUGAUAGGUUACUUAAUAGCUCUGAUACUAUAUCACGUUGGCAUUUUCUACUUUUUUUUCUCUUAAACUGUAGUAAUAAACAUAUCAAAUAUCAACAGAAAAAUGUUUAGUUCACUUUUUGUCCACUCACGACCACCACAUUAUCUUAAAGCUCUGCCCACUUCACAAUCAUGUGAUGUCCUAUAUCCCUCAGCUUGUUUCCUGAUAUAUACAUGUAUGUGUCGUUAUGAUAUACAUUUAUAUACAAUUUCCUUUAUAAACCUUAUAAAUCACACUAACUAGACUGGAAACUAAUUUAACCACAUUUUAUUUUUUUCCUCAAAAUCAAAUUAAAAUUUAUUUUCUAUAUUCAAAACUGAAUAUCUCAUUUUCUAGGUGAGCUGCAAUAAUGAAAUUGUCCAUGCCUAUUCCUUAUUAGAAUAUAACAGAUAUAACAGAGAAAUUUCCCAAAAAGUUUGGUUAUAUCAGAUCAGCGCCAGAAGCAGUGUUCAACUACAACUCCCAAAGGACAUUGAGGCUUACAGUCAUGACUGCCAUGGACUCCAUCUCCUGACACACAUGUUCAAGCUCAACCAGGUAUACUGAUCAAGCUCAGUGUAGCCUCGUCUCGUGUUGCUCAGUGUAGCGUCGUCUCGUGUUGCUCAGUGUAGCGUCGUCUCGUGUUGCUCAGUGUAGCGUCGUCUCGUGUUGCUCAGUGUAGCGUCGUCUCCUGACAUACCAAGCCUUACUGUCUGUGAUCUUUGUCCCCUGAUUUCUGAAUCUAGUCUUGC